GUGAGGCCUGCAGCGGACGGUCUGCUAGAGAACCUGCUUUAGUUAGGGAAUGCCCUCAACAGUGGCGGGAUCUAGUGGCAGGCAGCUGGUCUCACUGGCGAAUACCCCAGUCGAACUCCUCUUACCCAACCUCGUACUCGACGACGAUCCAGCAAGAGCCAGAAUGCCCAACAUCAAGAUCUUUUCGGGAUCGUCACACCCCGACUUGGCCCAGAGGGUAGUGGACCGGCUGGGCAUCGAUUUGGGCAAGGUGGUCACCAAGAAAUUCUCCAAUCUCGAGACCUGUGUAGAGAUUGGAGAAAGUGUUCGAGGCGAAGAUGUUUACAUCGUGCAGAGUGGUUGUGGGGAAAUUAAUGAUAACCUAAUGGAAAUGCUCAUUAUGAUCAAUGCCUGCAAGAUUGCCUCUGCUGCCAGAGUAACGGCUGUCAUUCCUUGCUUUCCCUAUGCACGGCAGGAUAAAAAAGAUAAGAGAAAUGACGGAGCACUUGAACUAAACAUGGUGAUGGAAGGCAUGAAGGGAAUGUCAGUGGAGGGGGAUCACGAAAGCGACGUCGAGUGCAGGAGGAGGAUGAGGUUCAUGAGAACUAGUGCUUUUGCGCACGGUACGAGCGGAGGACUUUCCCAAGAACAUGCACACUCUCGAGCACCAAUAUCUGCCAAACUCGUUGCUAACAUGCUGUCAGUGGCUGGAGCUGAUCAUAUCAUCACCAUGGAUCUCCAUGCUUCCCAGAUCCAAGGCUUCUUUGACAUUCCAGUUGAUAACCUUUAUGCCGAGCCUGCAGUUCUUAAGUGGAUUAGAGAAAACAUUCCAGAGUGGGGGAAUUCUAUCAUAGUUUCCCCAGAUGCUGGUGGUGCUAAGAGAGUAACUUCUAUAGCAGAUCGUCUGAACGUAGAGUUUGCCCUUAUUCACAAGGAACGUAAAAAAGCUAAUGAGGUAGCAUCAAUGGUUCUAGUUGGUGACGUUAAAGACAGAGUUGCCAUUUUAGUUGAUGACAUGGCAGAUACUUGCGGCACUAUAUGUCAUGCAGCAGAGAAGUUGAUGGAAGCUGGUGCUACAAGAGUGUAUGCAAUUCUAACCCAUGGGAUAUUCUCAGGGCCAGCAGUAUCACGCAUUAACAAUGCUUGCUUCGAUGCUGUAGUCGUAACCAAUACGAUACCUCAGGAACAACAUAUGAAAGACUCGAGUAAAAUUCAGCUGAUUGAUGUGUCAAAUAUCUUGGCUGAAGCCAUCCGUCGGACCCACAAUGGAGAGUCGGUGUCUUUCCUGUUCAACUCUGUCCCUCUGUAGAUGGUGAUGUAUUGGAUUGGGGUACUGCCGUUGAAUUGAUGGGUCAGCUAGGUGCAUUGAUGUGUCGAUGGUGUUAGCAGAAUCUAUAAGAAGAACUCACAAUGGAGAAAGUGUGUCGUAUUUGUUUAGUAAUGUACCAUACUAAGUCGUUACUGACUUGUGUAUAUAAAGAAAUAUAUGUUUAUAUACAUUAAAAAUUAAAUAUAUAUAUAUAGAGAAAAUUGUUCUAAGAUUCUAUUGGGGGGAAUUUUUGUUUUUUCAUUUGUUUUAUAAGAGAAUAUUAUCUGCAUGGCAGACUUCAAGUAUAGUUAAAACUCCUGACUGGGAUAGCGUUAUAUCUCUCGGAAAGGAAAAUGAUUGAUUUUUAAGUAUGAAUAACCUAUUUUUGUACCUAACGUUAAAAUGAGUGACUCUAGCAUUACCUUUAAUGAACUUUUGUGGUUUCAGAUAUAUAAAGUUAACUGGAUUAACUGAAUGUAUGUAAGCUGACAUUGUGCAAUGUUGCAUUUCAUGUAUGCUGUCUGCGCUUAAAUGAGUUCUCCACCAAAAAUUAGAUGGAGAAUAUCAUCGGGAGUGAGUACCUGAGAAUGUACUAUACUCUUCUAUUUUGUUAUGAAUGUGGGAUUGUAGUAAUGGAAUUGCAAUAUCCAGUGAAAUUUUAAUAGGCAGUUCAAAAAGUGUUGGGCUUUAUAGAUAUAAGGAAAUUUUCUUCUGAAUUUAAGCUUAUAGGGGCAUUAGUAACCAUGCAGUAUACCCGGCAUGGGAACAGUAAAAAGAAAAGAAUCUCGUUGCUCUAACUUCAUAGGACUGCAUUUAAAUUACGAUCAUUUUUUAAACCUCAUAACAAUAUUUUUUUUUAGCAUUAAGCAAGAACUGAUAAUUAUAAAGAGGCUUCAUUUUCACUUUUUUGAAGUCAAAUUUAGCUAGACCAAAUUACAUAAGUGCAAUGCUCACCCCUUCUAAAUUCAUCAAUUGUAGCUUUUUUCUUUCAUGUAAAUGGGUUACACUCUGGAUUAUUGCUUACAGUACUUUUAAAGCACACAUUUCUUUAUAAGGGCUAAACUUGGACAGUUAAUUCAUUUUGAAAUGCCACUUGCUUUGAACUAUGUUUCAGUAGAAAUACCAAUGGCUCAAAAACAGCAGUUCUGUAACCUCUUUGGUCAUUACAUUUAGACAUAUUUUGAAAGCAUAUUUUAAACUACAUGUAUGUGCCUGAGAGAUAUAUUUUAAUAAGCAUACUGUUUAACAGGCUGAAUGCCUUAUCUUACCGUUAUGACAACUUGGGAAGGAUAAUUUUUUGACGUUAAAUGCAACAUUAAGCACUCCAAUGUUGUAGUUUCACAAGACAUUAUUGCUAAGACAUUUAUUACAGUUGUUUGUAAUUACUCUAAAAUAAAUAUAAAUUAUAUA